UGAAACGUGCAAACCCUUGAUGGUUUCGGUCAGAAUAAACUAAAAAAGAACCUUCAUUUGUGAUCAGACUUAUCGAUUUUUAUUGUUUUUGUUAAUGAUUUUCAGUUUUAAACGAAACCAAAACUGUUUAAGGGUUUAUUGGUUUUUAUCGGUAAUAUUUACCAUUCUUUACCAUACUCUACCAUUCUAUGUGCCGUAAUGACUAAAUUGCAAAGUUUAUGUGCUAGAACGACCAAACCAGUAAAGUCAAGCGUCGGAUUCAAACUUUAUCUCCCCAGAAGCCAGAAGUAUAGCUGGGCUGAUUUGGGAAAGAAUUGGCGCUUCAAAUUCAAAGUUCAAACAGACAAAACUACUCGAACUGAAGGAAAAAAAAAAAAAAAGGUCACCGCGACUCAGUAGCAACUCAGUGCUCUCCAUCUUCGCCGUCUUCUCCUCUCAUCCUCAGCUUCUCCUCGGUGACAGAUUCGGUGCCGGAAAAAUCGAAUUCUCAGUUCCGGGAAUUCGUCCGCUCGUCAUUCCGUUGUUGCUGCCAUUGUCUGUUUCGCGAAUUAGGGUUUCUUCUCUUUCUCUCCCUACGCGGAACCGAUUCGAAAUCUCUCUCUCUCUCUCUCUCUCUCUCUCUCUCUCUCUCUCUCUCUCUCCUCGUCGCUUCAUCUCUUGUCGAAAAUGCCGAAGCGGAAAGCUAAGAGGAAUGUGAAGAAGGCUGUGCCGCCGCCGCAAGAACCUGAUGGCGGCAACGAAAGUGCGCUGCCGCGAGCUGAAGAGAGGAAGCCAGAGUCGUCGAUUAUCCUGGAAGUUGAGCGGCAGGUUGCAGCAAUUAGGGCAAUACGUGACAUGGAGAUCGAACAUUCGCUAACUGCUUUGCGUCUGCUACGUUCGAAUUUCACUGAGGAGCAACUUGAUACCCCUGUGCUUGAGAUUUUCAAGGAGAAUUUCCCGAACCUGUCAAUAGUAAAGAGCAGCGAAGCCGGUCAGUUUGAACUUCAAUGGAAAGACAAAGGUGAUGAUUCUUCUCUGCCCCAAGUAGCUGGUGGAGAAGACGUACAUGAUUCUCUUCUCCGGGGUUUGUCCAUGGCGUAUCCUAGCUGCUCUGAUGUUCCAUCUCUUGGUGCUUUUGAGUUACCUAGCCAUACAGUGACAAAAAGUGUAUUUGGUAAUGAUAGCAUGCAGAUGGACGACUUUAUCUUGGAGGGUCAAUCCAAUUUCAAUAUGCUCUCGAUGCAAGAUGGUCUCCGAACACCAGGGGCUACCAGUCAGAGACUCUCUGUGGGGAUGACACCCAAAACCUUAAGACUGCCUAAGCAUGGUGAAAUGCUUCUCUCGGUUCGUGGCUCGCCCCUUGGGGUCUACAAAGAAGACAACAUGGAAGCAAUACGAGAAUCUGAAGAGGACUGAACUACUACUGCAAGUGUAUUUCGAUGUUUGGAGCUAAGAAUGCUGUGCAAUCUCAAGUUUCUAGACUAUAUGUACAGAAAUUACAAUUAAUCUCUCCUACUACAACAAAAAAAAUCUACUUCAUCACUCUAUAACGCCAAGGAAGCUCGAGCCAUCAAUCUGUUUAUCUCUGUUAACGCGAAGGAUCUCAAGUUUAUCCUGCUUCUUCAUCAGCCAGCUUCACCUGUGUAACUGCAUUUUCUCUUGGUUUUGAAUGUUGAUGUUGGUAACUUCUCAAGCUAUUAACACCUGAACUUGACAGCGUGAUUCUAGCAUAUCAAUAACAUUGGGAAAAAGAC